AAAGCGCGUGCGUCGUAGACCGGUAGAUUUGAGGUGUCCGAUUGACCUAACCUAACGUAAUUAAGAUACACAACUAACACAACUGACAAAGUGCCGAGUUGAUUUACGACUAUCCAAACAAUUGCGUGUUCAAAUACAUGUAAUUUCGACUGAUUGCAAACGAGAUGGGUCGACGUAAAAGCAAACGGAAACCACCCAGCAAAAAGAAGGCCAUUCAACCGUUGGACACACAAUUCAAUUGUCCGUUUUGUAAUCACGAAAAAUCGUGCGAGGUUAAGAUGGACAAGUCCAGGAAUACUGCCAGGAUAACCUGCAGGGUCUGCUUGGAGGACUUUCAGACAACUAUCAAUCUACUGUCGGAACCUUUGGAUGUAUAUAAUGAUUGGAUUGAUGCCUGUGAAAAUGCUAAUUGA